AUGGAAUACAUUUCUACCAGGGGAGGUGGUGAAAGCCUUACAUUUGAGCAGACGGUCUUAUCAGGAUUAGCACCAGACGGAGGACUAUACAUCCCCAAGCGGAUACCAGAAUUACCGAAGGACUGGGAAUCGAGAUGGUCUCAAUUAAGCUUCACCGAGCUUGCCCUGGAGAUCUAUUCGUUAUUCAUCCCGAGCGAGGAGAUCACACGUGCGGAACUGAAAGAGUUGAUCGAGCGUUCCUACAGCACCUUCCGCCACCCAGCCAUCGCCCCGCUGAAGAAGCUGACUCCGAGCCGAUACGUGGUCGAGCUUUGGCAUGGGCCGACGUUCGCCUUCAAGGAUGUCGCUCUCCAGUUCCUCGGUAACCUCUUCGAGUUCUUCCUCAACCGCAAGAACCUCAACAGACCCAAAGAUUCUCCCGCCGAGAGGAUCACCGUCGUCGGCGCUACCAGCGGCGAUACCGGUAGCGCAGCUAUCUAUGGCCUCAGAGGUAAAAAUGAUAUCUCCAUCUUCAUCCUUCAUCCUAAGGGCCGCGUCAGUCCUAUCCAGGAGGCUCAAAUGACCACCGUUCUCGACGAUAACGUCUUCAACUUGGCCGUCAAUGGAACGUUUGAUGAUUGUCAAGACAUCGUCAAGACCUUAUUUAAUGAUACCGAGUUCAACUCGACCUACCGAUUAGGGGCAAUCAACUCGAUCAAUUGGGCCCGAAUCCUUGCCCAAAUCGUCUACUAUUUCUCCUCCUAUUAUGCCCUUCGACACACCCUGAAACCCAAGCAGGCCUUGCAAUUCGUCGUGCCUACGGGUAACUUCGGUGAUAUCCUCGCUGGCUUCUAUGCCCAUAAACUCGGACUACCCAUCGGUAUCAAUGGGACUACUCCUGGCCUCGUGAUCGCUACCAAUUCUAACGAUAUCUUGACUAGAUUUUGGGAAACUGGGAAGUACGAAAAGCAAGCUUCGACAGACGACGAGCAAUCUUCACCAAAUCAUACGACUGUCCAGACUGCGCCUGUUGUUGGAUCGUCCGAUGGCAAACAAGCUAGUGAUCCCAAGCAUGGGUUCGUCAAGGAAACUCUUAGCCCGGCGAUGGAUAUCUUGGUCUCGAGUAACUUCGAACGUCUACUAUUUUACUUGGCUUUUGAUACUUUGACCGAAUCGAAAGACCCAGAAGAAGAGCGGAUCAAGUCUUCACAAGCCAAGGUAAAGGAAUGGAUGAGCCAGUUGAAGAGCACCGGCCGAUUCCGAGUGCCUGAGUCGACCCUCCAGGCCGCUCGCGCCUUGUUCUCGGCCGGAAGAGUCGACGAUGAACAGACCAAGCAGACCAUCCGGCGCUACUUCAAUGCCGACAAAGACGUGCUCGAGGAUGGCCAACGAUACGUUGUCGAUCCUCACACUGCCGUCGGCCUCUUCGUUGCUGAGAAUCUUAAGCCGGGGGGUCAAGAGGAGGUGCUUCAAGCAAUCCUGUCAACCGCCCAUCCGGCCAAGUUCGCCGAAGCCGUCACUCAAUCGAUCCUCACCCAACAAGCUUCGUCCGACCAUCCCCCAUCUUCGUUCGAUUUUGAGCGCGACGUCUUGCCCGUCCAGUUUAUCGGACUGCUCGACAAACCCAGGAGAGUGAUCGAUGUUCAUGGAAUUGAGAUCCAGCUCACCAAGGACGUCAUCAUCUCCCAUUCGAAUGCUCUCAUUAGUCCUUCCUCAAAUCUCGAUCCUACGACUAGCGUUUAA